UAGGCGAUGGCUGAUCAAGGUGGUAUUGUGACCAGAGAAUACAGGAAAGGGAACUGGACUUUGAAUGAAACAAUGGUGUUGAUCGAGGCGAAGAAGAUGGUUGACGAGAGAAGAAUGAAGAAAAGUGAGGGAAAACCAACAGAGCUGAGAUGGAAAUGGGUGGAGGAUUAUUGUUGGAGGAGAGGGUGUUUGAGGAGCCAGAAUCAGUGCAAUGAUAAAUGGGAUAAUCUCAUGAGGGACUACAAGAAAGUGAGAGAGUACCAAAGGAGAAGAGGUGAGAGUGGUAGUGAUUAUUGGGAGAUGGAGAAGAAUGAAAGAAAAGAGAAGAGCUUGCCUACUAACAUGUUGAGGCAGAUAUUUGAGCAUUUGGAGCAGGUGGUGGAGAAGAAAGGCGGUCAAAUUGUGGUGGCUGCCGGUGGUGCUAGUGGUGGUGGCUCGGUUGCUGUUCAUAACAUACCUUAUGUUAUGGAUACACCAAUUACUAGUGUGCAACCUUCAUUGCAACAUCAACUUCCGCCUAUUCCAGCUGCAAUUCCAUUGCCUCUAACAGCAACGCAGCAGCUGCCACCGCUGCCACCGCCACCAACAGCUGCUCCUACACCACUUCUACAACCAUCCCUUUCGUAUGCUCAGCCAUUUCCAACAGUAGAUGUACGUGAAAGCUCAGAUUCUGAUACAAGUGAGCACUCGGACUCAGUAGGAAAGAAGAGGAGAAGAUCGGGAGGUAAUGGGGAAGGAACUGCCAGUCCAAGCAACUCAAAUAAUGAAUUUGGAACUGCAAUCUUUAAAAGCGCUUCCAUUAUAGCAGAAGCAAUACAGGCCAGGGAGGAGAACGAGGAGAGGAGACAUAGAGACCUUGUUGUUUUACACGAGAGAAGGCUACAGAUUGAGGAAUCUAAGGCAGAGAUCAACAGAAGAGGAAUUGAAGGCCUGGUCGAUUCCAUUAACAGGCUUGCUAAUUCCAUCAUUGCUUUGGCUUCCCAUAAAAACCAGUCAGCUCCAAAGUGAUUCUUUCGAUGAUUCUAAUUACGU